AUGAUAGCAAAGCAAAAGAAACCUGAUAGUAUCGGUGAAGAAUUAAUAAAACCAUGUGUUCUGAAAGUCACGAAGAUAAUUUUAAGAGAAGAUGCAGAGCAAAAAAUGAAGUCUAUUCCUCUUUCGAAUAACACAGACAAGCGUAUAAUUGAUGACAUUGCAGCAGACAUAAAGUCACAAAUAAUUAACAAAAAGAAACUUAUUGGACUUUGCACAGAUGGCGUACCUGCAAUGAUAGAUGUACAAUCGGGCUUAGCUAAAAAGCUCAAGGAAAAAGAUUACGCAAUGGUUAGUACACAUUGUGUUAUUCAUCUUCAAGCUUUGGCUUCCAAAACAUUGCCACAGAAAUUACGCCAGACUUUGUACUCGGCUAUAAGGAUUGUAAACUACAACAAGAGCAGCGCUUUGAACAGUCGGUUAUUUACUUUACUUUGCGAGGAUCUCGAUUCUGAUCACAAAGUUCUUCUGUUCCACACAGAAGUACGCUGGCUGUCCAAAGGCAACAUGUUGGCUCGCCUUUAUGAAUUGAAAGAAGAAGUUCUUUUUCAUGAGUCCAAAGAAAAACACGAUUUUUUGAUGUUCAAAAAUUACACAUUUCAAUGGAGGUUGGCUUAUUUAACUGACAUAUUUGACUCCUUGAAUGAGCCAAACUUGAAACUUCAGAGCAGAAACAACAUUAUAAUAAGCAAUUACGAUUAUAUUCAGGGGUUCAUAUCAAAGCUUCAACUUUGGAAUCAAAAAGUGUCUUCUGAUAAUGUUAUAUGUUUUUCUCGGCUGUUUGAAGCAAUUAAAAAUAACAUACUGGACGCAAAUUUAAAAGAUCAUUUGCAAACGCUGGAAGACGAAUUGCGCCGAUACUAUCGAGACAUCAAUAGGGCACAUGACAAGAAAUCCAUUUGUUGUCGAUGUGUCACAAUUACCAGAAGCAGUUCAGGAAUAAUUUCUAGAAAUGAAGGCUGA